AUGUCGAGAGUAAUUUCUCAGCUCCAUCAUGGAGGACAGAAUGAUAUUGGUUCAUGUUACCGCUGUAGAUCAGAGUCGGACUCUUCCAUAAAGUUAAUAGGAAGAGAAGAAAGUCUCAAUAUCAGCACCAAUACUCCAGGCAUGGACAUUAGACUGGUGGUCUUCUGUAUUCUACUUGUGGCAGUGACCGCUCAUCCACACAAGAGACGCUGCUCGAUGUCCAGAUAUAAGUCAGCAUCUUCUGCUGACAUCAAGAUAAUCAGACAACUGCAGAAUGAACAUGAAAAAAACAUGUCCACCAGUGCAAUUAAAUGCUACAGAAGAAUGAUUAGACACAAGCCGUCUGUAUGUGACUUAAAGCCCAGUGAUCGUCUAAUUCUGACCUUGGAGCGAUUUACAAUAACCACAGAGGUUCUGGUAAAUCUGUCCACGUCUGAAUUGUCUGACCCUGUAUCCCAGUCACUCAUGAUGUUCCUCAAGAUCAGGGAUGAUCUUCUGAUCUGUAGGGAGUCACCAGGACACAGUAAAACACCUUCUGAGGAGCUGACGCCAUGGCUGCACCAUUUUCAGCACUUUGUAGAAGAGGCUUCUCCACAAUGUCUCCAGGACGCCGUGUUACUCAGCCUCAUCUCACUAAUGGUGGAAGAUGUUGGGUGUUGGGCUCAUGGUAAAUAA